CUGGAUGAAUAUACUCAGUCUUAAAAAAAAUAAAAUAUCAGAUUAAUAAACCUUAGUAUUUAUUUGAAGCUGAUGCAGUGUUAUUUUUGCCUUGUAUUGCAAAGCAUGGCACUGGCUUUAUUUGUUUUCUUUGUAUGUGCUCCUCUUAAACUAGCCUAGGGCACGACAUUCACAGCCGAUGUGCCUUCUCUUUCUCAGAAAAUCUGUUUAUCUGUCCUUUCUUUUAUUGAUGGAAAAUCUGGAGAUGUCUAUCCAACUCUGUUUCAGAGAGAGAUGCAUAUGGGUGUCUUGUGAAAUCUCAGAAUGCUUAAUUAGUAUUUUAGUCAUAACCAUAGGCACUUGUAGACUACAGUAAUUAUCACUUAGCUCAGAGAAGGGGGAUGUGAAACAUAACUUCCUGCACAGAUAGGGGAAAAAUAAGGGACCUGGGAAAAGAGGAGCAGGCAAAGAGAGUACCUCUCACAAGGUGUCAUGGUAGUAAUUCCUGAGAAGUGCCCUGCAAUGAUUUUAUAAUCCACAUAUAAAUCUACUUUGAGUCCAAUCUAUCAUUACUUCCUGGCUGAAGUCACCAAGAACUAUCGUGUGUGAUGACAAAUAAAAUCAACAAUAGAUGUCUGAGUGCCUUUUUUUUCUUAUUCUGUCAAGACAAUAGCAGAAGGGGUGCCUUCAGUGGAAAUGGUUCAAAUGCUGAGGAGAAAGCAGGUACUGAAAUGACUGUCAGGUCUCGCUGAAGCAAUUGCCUUUCUGCUGCUGUGUGUGUUUCUGAAGAACACCUACGGAUGUUCAGUGUUGCCUACUGCUUACAAGAAUGUAGCACCUGAUGCUGAUAUUUCUUAAAGCUUUUGGGGGGUUUAAUUUGGGAAGAAUGGUCCUUCUCACUUGGUCCAUCCAAGUUGCUGGAAUAGCUUUUUUCCUUUAGUUUGACUGCUUGGAAACAAGCACUCUACUCACAAGCAUUUAUUUUAUUUUUGAAGUUGGAGGGAACGGAAAGAUUUGAGCUUACCUGCUGGAGCACAUUAGUCAUGUGAAGAGAUGACGGCUGUGGGCAUGGGCAAGAUUUGAGCAUGGGCUGGGUUGUGAAGUGCUUAAUCCCACAGUGCUGAGAGGACUGUGUGUGAGAUGGAUCAGCUUUUGUGAUUCUGGCCUGAUUUCUUCGAUAAGGAGUGCCAAGACCCUGCUGAAGCCACAGGGACCACGACUGACAUGAGGGCUGCAUUCCUGGUGCUGCUCCUAUGGGCUGUGGCCUGUGCUCACCCUGUGCCUGGCCAUGAACCCUCCCACCCCAGCACCCUGCAGGAGGAUACCGCAAAUGAAGAUUACAUUGGCAAGCUGGGCAACCUCCUAGAUGGUGGGGAUGGCAGACAUCAUCCUGCCAAUCCAGAGACAGGGGAAAAUGCACUUGCCAGGGACCUGGCAGGUGGGAAUGCCGUGUAUGAGGAGCUGGAUGAGCUCAGUGGCCAAGAUGUGGGAGGCCGAGUUGGGCAGGCUCAGCACAUGAACCAGGUGGACCACGACGACAUGAGUCCCCACAAUGGGAAUGACCUUGGUUUCCUGGAGGUGGAUGCCCGUGACACUGAUGACACUGACAAUGGAGACCACUACGGCGCCAGAGCCAACGCGUUUCCCUCCCAUGGUGGCGGGUUCCUGGACGAGGAGGAUGACAGUGGGGACGACACCUUCGAUGCCAAUGGGCAAGAAGAGAGGGGUGAAGGCCCUACCUAUGGGGCUGGUGCUGAUGAGGCAGGGGAACACGAGCACGAUGCUGGCCGUGGGGAUGCCGGGGCUGGAGUGGGGCACAGCAGCAGCAGCAGCAGCAGUGAGAGCACUGGGGCAGACCACCGACGCUACAGGAACUAUGGGCACACCUACAGGCACAGAGGGGCCAGCAGCAGCAGCCAGGAGGAGAGCUAUGACUUCCAGGACGAAGCCAUGCAGGGAGAUGAUCCCUCUGUCUUUGACGGCCCAGGCAGCAGCUACAGGAUGCGCCACACUGGCCCCCAUGCUCUGGGGAACAGUGGGGAGAGUGCCCAGGGGGCUGGCUCCCACCGCUGGGAGGAGGGUGACAGCAGGUCCCCCGAGGUGGAGGAUGAUGACUCUGGAGAAGACAGCCCAUCUGUGGAGAACAACAGUCAGUCAGAAGAGCCUGUUGACAGCCAGUCAGAGGAAAAAAGCUCCAGCCACUCCAGGGAGGAUGGGGAUGGGGAUGGGGAGGACAGCCCCUCUAGGGAAGAUGAGGACAGUGAGUCCAGGGAGACCACUGCUGAGCAGUCAGAUGAAGAGCCGGGGGAGACCCCAGAGGUGGUGAGAACCUUGAAUGAGCACAGCAACGGCCAAACCUGGGAAGGUCAGGAGGACUGGGAUUCUGCUGAGGACAGGAGUGUGCUGUCCACACCUGACAGUGAGUCCAGGGAAGAAGAGACUGAACUGAGCAAGUCCAGAGAAGAUGAUGAUGACCAGAGCCAUUCCACAGAGGAAACUGUGGAGGAGUCGGAGGAGGAUGAGAAUGACUCUGUGCCAAGCACAUCAGCUGAGAGCCCAGAGGUGCCAGAGGAUGACAGCAGCCCAGAGGACAACACAGGUGAGGACAGCAGGUCCACAGAGAGCGACAACAGCGAGUCCCAGGAAGAUGAGGAUGACGUGGAGAGCCACUCCCAGGAGGAUGCCACUCAAGAGUCCAGCAGCCACGGGGACGACAGCUCCCUGCAGAGCCUGGAGAGCGGGGCCCACAAGCAGCAGCUGGGCGCCCUCCGGCGCAGACCUGCUGCUGACUAUGAUGACAAUGACUGCCAGGAUGGGUACUGACCUGUGCCCCGGGACCUCAGCGGCAUCAGGGGUGUGGGGGGAGGAGGGGUUAAUUUAUUUGCCAUAUAGCCUGGUUGACUUCUUCUCAAGAAGUGGUUAAAAUGGAGUGGUUAAUGCUGUGGUUAAAAUGGAGACAGGUUUGCCAGAGCUAGGCCUGGGCAUGCUACACAGGGAAUGAAUGAAAGGCUUGCCAGGCACAGGGAGAACACCGAACCACAGCAAGAAAGGGUAUUUUCUGUAUCAAACUGGAGAGCAGCUGAGAGCUGUGAGGGCCAGCAGGGUGAUGCUGCCCACUUGCCCCAGGGGCACAGUGGUGGCUUGGCACUUCUGGUCAUGCUGAGCAGGUCCCUGUGUUCACUCCUUGUGUUCACCUACCCAGACUCCAGUUGGCGCUUUCCAUUAACUCUAUGUCCAGCACAUAAAAAGGAAAAGCUACAGCUGGUAUGCACAUGGGGUGCAUGGGCACAGCAGGGUAUGAAGUACCACUUCAGGAUGGGAUGUAUGUAAUAUUUUUAAUAUUUUGUAAGAAAUGUACAGAAAACAUUAUACUGUAUCCUUUUUGCACUUGUAUUUCAAAGCUGAAAUAUACCCUGUUGAUUUCUUUAAUCAUUAUU